AUGAAGUUGCCACGGCCACUGCUGGUGGCGCUUUUGGUGCUGAGCCUGAUCGUCGUUCCUUCAAAGGCAGAUCUGGAUGACUUUUUCAACGGCUUCGGCUUUCACUUCAGACAUGGACGACAACAACAACAACAACAACAACAACAACAACAAGAACAACAGGCUCAAGGAAAUGAUAAUCAAGACCCGCCGGGAGCCCAAGUAAACGAGCCCAGGGGUUCAUAUAUUGCUGGUGCAUACGGCAUGGGAGGAUCGCCGCCGCCACCUCAAGCAGUGAUAAUUCCUGAUCCGGCUGUUCAGCCUGCAGAGCCGGCUGAUUUUAAGCCUGCACAGAUGGUUAUUACUAAUAACUUAGGUGGUCUGUCGGUGGGGUUCUACGAUAGAAGUUGCCCUAAUGCAGAGAAGAUUGUGGCUGAUUGGUUGGCAGAACUUAUAAAGACAAAUCCAUCUGCACCUGCUAACAUUAUUCGUCUUGCAUUCCAUGAUUGUGCUGUUGGUGGUUGUGAUGCCUCGAUCUUGCUAGACUCCAUUGGGCAAGGAGAUAAAGUGGAGAAGGGUUCAAUCUUCAACGGAAUGAGCCUCAAAGGUGCCGAUCUGAUCGACGACCUAAAAAUGAGAUUGGAGGAAGAGUGUCCACAGACAGUGUCAUGUGCAGAUGCAAUUGCUUUUUCAGCCAACGAGGCGAUGGCAAUAGCUGGGGGAGUCCGCCAGCGUCCUCUAGGAGGACGCAGGGACGCCCUCAACUCCCUGGCUACGGCGGCAGAUCAGAACCUGGCCUCCCCGACUGCCACGAUAGACCAGAUGUCCGCCAUCUUUAGGAGGCUAGGUUUCAAUCAAGAGGAAAUGGUGGUGCUCUUGGGUGCACACUCCGUUGGUACAGCACACUGUGAUCUUUUCAUGGAUAGGGUUUACAACUUCAGAAAUACGCAGAAGCCUGAUCCAGUGCUUCCAUUGCCAUAUGUGGAAGAUUUGAGGAGACUUUGCGCUAAUCCUGGAACACCACAAUUCAGAAACCCUAAUGUGAACUUUGAUGAAACGCCUUAUGCAUUGGACAACCGCUACUUUAAGAACCUUGUACAGAACAAGGCUUUGUUGCUGUCGGAUUCUUCGUUAAAAGAUGAUCCUAGGACGGGUCCCACCGUGAGACAGAUGGCGGAAGAUGAUACGUUGUUCCCAAAGAGGUUUGCUGAGUUGUUCACUAAGAUGACUACUUUUAAUGUGCUCACUGGUCUUCUUGGAGAAGUUAGGAAGACUUGUAGGUCCACCAAUAAUUGA